ACCGAACCUUGGCGACCCGAGCCAAUCGCGAGGCGGCGGGCGAUCCCCAAGCUGCUUAGGCGGCGGGCGGCGGGCGCAGAGCUGGCCGAGCGUGGAGCGGGCGGCGGUGACAGGCGGCGAGAGCCUGCAGCCCUCCCCGCGCGGCACGCUGCGGCACCAUGGAGCCCGCCGUGUCGCUGGCCGUAUGCGCGCUGCUCUUCCUGCUCUGGGUGCGCCUGAAGGGGCUGGAGUUCGUGCUCAUCCACCAGCGCUGGGUGUUCGUGUGCCUCUUCCUCCUGCCGCUCUCGCUGAUCUUCGACAUCUACUACUACGUGCGCGCCUGGGUGGUGUUCAAGCUCAGCAGUGCGCCGCGCCUGCACGAGCAGCGCGUGCGGGACAUCCAGAAGCAGGUGCGGGAAUGGAAGGAACAGGGCAGCAAGACCUUCAUGUGCACGGGGCGCCCUGGCUGGCUCACCGUCUCACUGCGGGUCGGAAAGUACAAGAAGACACACAAAAACAUCAUGAUCAACCUGAUGGACAUUCUGGAGGUGGACACCAAGAAACAGAUUGUCCGUGUGGAGCCCCUGGUGUCCAUGGGUCAAGUGACCGCCCUGCUGACCUCCAUUGGCUGGACUCUGCCUGUGUUGCCCGAGCUCGAUGACCUCACAGUGGGGGGCUUGAUCAUGGGCACAGGCAUAGAGUCAUCAUCUCACAAGUAUGGCCUGUUCCAACACAUCUGCACCGCCUACGAGCUGGUCCUGGCUGAUGGCAGCUUUGUGCGAUGCACGCUGACCGAAAACUCAGACCUGUUCUACGCUGUGCCCUGGUCCUGUGGGACCCUGGGCUUCCUGGUGGCCGCCGAGAUCCGCAUCAUCCCUGCUAAGAAGUAUGUCAAGCUGCGGUUUGAGCCAGUGCAGGGCCUGGAGACCAUCUGUGAAAAAUUCACCCAAGAGUCACGGAGGCCGGAGAACGACUUUGUUGAAGGGCUGCUCUACUCCCUGGAUGAGGCUGUCAUCAUGACGGGUGUCAUGACAGAUGAGGCAGAGCCCAGCAAGCUGAAUAGCAUUGGCAAUUACUACAAGCCGUGGUUCUUCAAGCACGUGGAGAAUUACCUGAAGACAAACCGAGAGGGCCUGGAGUACAUUCCCUUGAGACACUACUACCACCGCCACACGCGCAGCAUCUUCUGGGAGCUCCAGGACAUCAUCCCCUUCGGCAACAACCCGAUCUUCCGCUACCUCUUUGGGUGGAUGGUACCUCCCAAGAUCUCCCUCCUGAAGCUGACCCAGGGCGAGACCCUGCGCAAGCUGUACGAGCAGCACCACGUGGUGCAGGACAUGCUGGUGCCCAUGAAGUGCCUGCCACGGGCCCUGUACACCUUCCACAAUGACAUCCACGUGUACCCCAUCUGGCUGUGCCCAUUCAUCCUGCCCAGCCAGCCGGGCCUGGUGCACCCCAAGGGAAAUGAGACUGAGCUCUACAUCGACAUCGGAGCGUACGGGGAGCCACGUGUGAAACACUUUGAAGCCAGGUCCUGCAUGAGGCAGUUGGAGAAGUUCGUCCGGAGCGUGCAUGGGUUCCAGAUGCUGUAUGCUGACUGCUAUAUGAACCGGGAGGAGUUCUGGGAGAUGUUCGAUGGCUCCUUGUACCACGAGCUGCGGGAGAAGCUCGGUUGCCAGGACGCCUUCCCCGAGGUGUACGACAAGAUCUGCAAGGCCGCCAGGCACUGAGCCAGAGCCGCGUGGAAAGACAGGCAUGGGUGGGCGGACAGGCAUCGUCCCUUCACUCUGGCUUGGCUGCUUUCCCAGAUCCACACUUUCCAAAAGAAACCCCUCCAGAAACCACACCCAGACAGCCCAGCGCCUUCCUCCUGGCAUCAGGGGCAGCCCAGUAGGGCGGAAAGAACACGGGAUUUAAAGUCCAGUUCCCAGUUUAGCACUUAUAAGCUGUGGGACCCUGGGGGAGUCCCUUGAACCCUCU